ACCAUAUCCUUAACCAUAAAAGCUACGGCAGAACUGUUGUUGUUGUGGCCGGCCAAUACCCCAAAGCCAUCAGCUUUACCAUUUUGUACUGGUUUAGAAACGCCACCGUCUCCAUUCUUCCAUGGCUCGUUCCAUCCCUCAAACCCUAAAUCUCAUCCGAACAAGCUACGCACCAAUUACUGGCGCCAGAUUUACAUCAUCUGCGUCAGUUUCUUCGAUAAUCGUGAUAUCUUCUCGGCGAAUUUCGAGUGUUCCCGACAGCUCCGUCAAGAAUGCGUCGGGCGACGUCUCCGAUGCGGAGGCAAUUGCGGUGCAGCGGAUUGAGGACGCCAUCCACCGUAUUAUAGUUCGCAGAUCUGCUCCCGAUUGGCUUCCUUUUGUUCCCGGUGCAUCGUAUUGGGUUCCACCUCGUCACGGCUCUUACGGUAUUGCCGAGAUUGUUCAGAAGCUGUCUAAUUCUCUAUCAGAAGAUGAGGUUAUGUCCUUCACCACUGAUCGUGGCUGGCCGUCAUCCUCUUACUUUGUCAAUGUGACAGAAGCUGCCCGCUCUCAGGAUGAGGAAGACUAAUGAUAGAACUUAACAACAACUAAAUUGUUGUCUAAGGAAUACUUGGUGCAAAACUGCCUCCCUGUGUUUACUCCACCUCAUUUUUUCAGGGCUCUGUGUUUCCGAAAGGGAGGUGAUGUAAGCUUGUAAAUAUACCAAACUGCUAUAGGCAUGUGGUCUAUUCCGUUGUGUUGCAACUUUACUCAAAGCUGCUAAUGUAUUUCACUUUCACUGUAACCUUUUGUAAUUAUUCUUUUUACUAGUUAACUUCCUUCUGUAAACUUAUGAAAUCCCUCUUCAUGUUGAUAUAAUUUAUAUUUAUAUUCAUAUUCAAUUUAGGCUGUUUUAUAUAUACUGAUGUGAAGCUCUAGAGAAACUGAUGUUCCAUUUGGUAUUUUGGUUAUCAAUUUUAUUAGACCAAAA